ACCACUAUUGGCCGGGUGCAGUGGCUCAUGCCUGAAAUCCCAGCACUUUGGGAGGCCAAGGCGGGUGGAUCACCUGAGGUCAGGAGUUCGAGACCAGUCUCACCAACAUGGGUGAAGCUCUGUCUCUAUUAAAAAUACAAAAAUUAGCUGGGUGUGGUGGCACGCAUCUGUAAUCCUAGCUACUCGGGAGGCUGAGGCAGGAGAAUCGCUUGAACUCGGGAGGUGGAGGUUGCAGUGAGCUGAGAUCACGCCACCGCACUCCAGCCUGGGCGGCAGAGCGAGACUCCGUCUCAGAAAGAAAUCGCUGGGCGUGUUGUUUCUCUUGCUACUUCCACUUCACUCUUCACCCAGAGUAGCCAAAGGCAGGGCGCUUUCUGGAUCGACCAGGGGGGAAAGGGGUUGGUUGUGGCUGGGGGCAGAAUUUUCCCUACUGAGGGUCUUGGUGAGGUCUGCUGGAGGCACACUGGGGACACAGGUGGCUGCCGCUUCCCACCUCCCUCCUACAAACAGUACUCGGCUCUGUCUCCCUCUGCUCGCCUUGUCACCAUGGAGCUGUGGCAUUCACGCAUCCAGACGCCCUGCUCCUGUCGGCUGCCCCAGCAGGUGCUCUGUUUUUUUCGUCAGGUUGGGCAGCUGGUCUCACGCCCUGGUUGGUGGGCAGGUGAGUGAGGACACAGGUUACAAAGGGGAAGGUGUCAGAGCCAGGCACGGUGGCUCACGCCUGUAAUCCCAGCACUUUGGGAGGCCAAGGCGGGUGGAUCACGAGGUCAAAAGAUCGAGACCAUCCUGGUCAACAUGGUGAAACCCGUCUCUACUAAAAAUACAAAAAAUUAGCUGGGCAUGGUGGUGCGCGCCUGUAGUCCCAGCUACUCGGGAGGCUGAGGCAGGAGAAUUGCCUGACCCCAGGAGGCGGAGGUUGCGGUGAGCCGAGAUUGCACCAGUGCACUCCAGCCUGGGUAACAAGAGCGAAACUCCAUCUCAAAAAAAAAGAAAAAAGAAAGGGGAAGGUGCUAGGUCACUCCUCCCUCUCUGGGCUGACCUGAGGCAGUGGAGGCGUUUUCACGCUGGAAUGUUCUGUCCCGUAGAGGACAUGCCUUCCUGUCACUUACAGGAGUGCUGCAGGUCCCUCCUGCAGGGUAGUUAACACUGUGGAGGCUACAGGGGCAGAAGGAGAAUCGGGGUGGGGGGCGGUGGUCAGGAGGUGGGAGGCACACUCUAUCUCUGUGCUCCUCACCGGCCCUGCCACCCUGUCUGCUAAGGACAUGGGGAAGGGGUCCCCACCUCAGUGAGUGCCCUGCCUCCCUGCCCUGUGCCUUUGUGUACCUGACAGUCACAGCCACCCAGUCUGUCCCAGAGAUGAACCAGCUGACCUCAUCUCCUGCCCGGCCCUACCUCCGUUGGCUUUGGCUCUUGUCUCUGUGCUGCCUGACCCUUUCUCCUGUCUGGAGCCAUCGAGCUGCGCCCACAGCAGGCUGCCUUUGGCAUCUCAUGGGGUGAACGAGGGCACUGUGAGGCAUUCCCUCCCUGGGUUUGGCUCCUGCCCACAGGACCAACAGUAGAAAUCACGGGCUGUCAGACAGCUGGAGCCCAGCUCUGCUUGAACCUAUUUUAGGUCUCUGAGCCCCUCUUCCUCUCUAGACUCUCCCUAGAGCUCAGCCAGUGCUCAACCUGAGGCUGGGGGUCUCCGAGGAAGAGUGAGUCAGGGUUGGGGGGUCUGGGGCUGCCCCCUGGGGAAGCGGCCAGAGGCAGUGUUGAGAGCCGGGCGGUCUCUGAUUGUGGCUCACCCUCCAUCACUCCUAGGGGCUCCUGGCCCAGCAGCCACAGCUCCCAACCACAACAUCCGUUGGGGCUUGGCCUACGGAGCUAGGGCGGAUGACCCCCAAAUAGCCCUGGCAGAUUCCCCCUAGACCCACCCGAACCAUGGUCAGGCGUGCCCCUCCUCAUCUCCAGGGCAUGGCCCAGAGGGUAUAAACAGUGCUGGAGGGUGCCGGGGACAGGCCAGCCGAGCCCUGAGCAGCAGCUGCCGAGCCGCCAUGAGAGCCCUCACACUCCUCCCCGUGCUGGCCCUGGCCGCACUUUGCAUUGCUGGCCAGGCAGGUGCGAAGCCCAGCAGUGCAGAGUCCAGCAAAGGUGCAGCCUUUGUGUCCAAGCAGGAGGGCAGCGAGGUGGUGAAGAGACCCAGGCGCUACCUGUAUCAAUGGCUGGGAGUCCCACCCCCUUACCCGGAUCCCCUGGAGCCCAGGAGGGAGGUGUGUGAGCUCAACCCGGACUGUGAUGAGCUGGCUGACCACAUCGGCUUCCAGGAGGCCUAUCGGCGCUUCUACGGCCCGGUCUAGGGUGUCGCCCUGCUGGCCCGGCCGGUGACCCCAGCUCUGCUCCUCUCCAGGCCCCCUUCUUCCCCUCCCCCUUGCCCUGACCCCCUGGCCCUGGGGAUGUGGGGUCCCCAUCAUCCCAGCUGCUCCCAAAUAAACUCCAGAAGAGGAAUCUGA